UCCACACAGUAAAGUAAUAUCAGUGAUAGUACGCACUUCGUGAAAGUUUAGUUGAAAAUACGUUCCCUGAACAUGAUUCUUCUAUAGCUUGGCAUUCCCAUUCGAUUCCGGUAGCCAUUCGUGUACAGUGAGAAGCAGCAGCGUAUCGUGUUGUGUGCGCAUCGAAACAAAUCGUUGUGACGGUAUCAAGUGGUGUGUUUUCCUCGUGAAACCGUUUUCCAAUCGAGCGAAGCAGGAAAAAAUGAGAAAAUGUUUGACCGUCCGAGAUGUCGCGACUGGAGUCCACUAUCGACGCAGCAGCUACGGCUGCGCAGCUUAAUACGAAUAUCCGGACACAACAUCAUCGUACCGGAGCGUGCCCCAACCCGCACGUCAUCGGCAGACGGAGGAAGAUCCAAAUGUACCGUUUACUUUACGCUUCACCAGACACCUCAUUCCGCCCCGUUUUACACGAGUGAAAAGCAUGACCUACACCGGAACGUGCUGUGGGCGGAAAUCGACUGCCCGGGCACGAUCAAAUCCUCCCUGCGGAGUGUGUGUGUGCGAGUGUGGCAACACAACGGUGCGUCCGAUGUACCGGGUGUGCCCAUGAUCGACACGGGAGGGUUAAACUCUGCCGGAACGAAAGUGCCUCACGAAAGCGAUAGCAGCGUGGAAGAGGAGUGCGAUGGGCAGCAUCAGAAUCCGAACGAUAAACCCAACCAACUAACGACCAACAACACCGAUCGGAUGCUGUUUGCAUGGGGCGUAUAUUUCUCCGGACUGGUGCCACUGGCACGGCGCAACGAAAAGCGUCUCCAGUCGAAUACGCUCGUGUUUCAGCUGCACGGCGGUUACUUCACUUCGGCUGCCUGCAUUCUCGAACCGGAGCAACGACGACCGAUGGUUUCAACGAUUGUGUCCGACGGGACCAUACCAAAAACGUUGCCGAAUGUUACUACUUCUGCUGGACAAGUGACAAGCUAUUCGCCCUCGGCAACGAUUCCCAUAGUCGGUAGUGGGCGGCGUGGUCUGACCGGUGGUGGUGGUGGUGGACGCGCAAACACCUCCGAGAACGUCUUACACUGUGAUACUAGCAAUAAUUCCUCCCCACUGGCGUCUGGUGGUCCUCACCUUUCCUAUCAGACGCCUUCGUCGGCGUCUCCGAACCAGUGGCACUACGCGAACGGUGGCAUGGUGCUGGGUGUGGAGGGCAGACUCGAUAAACUCUCCGUAUCGCCGGUGGUUAGCAAUGGUGGAAGCAGCACCGGUACGGGUCCAUUUCCACAUCCCCGAUCCGUCAGCCCAUCAACACCGAUCAGUUGGACCGAACCGACCGAAACGAACCUGAAGUUGCGCUACCUCGUGAUGGAGUUUCUGCCGGCGGAAGUACGCCCUUGCUACGAUGUUGCGCGCUUACUUGCAAUACAAGAACGGCAAAGGCGCAUUCGGUACGAAGCGGAGAGUGCCAAAACGUUAACCGAGCGGAUCUGCAUGAAGAGUGCCUACUGUCUCAAUAUGGAACUGUUCAGCAGCAAGCAUCUGGUGUACCGGACCGGAGGCAACCAGGGCCGGACGGGUGGUAUGGGAAAGCAGCUGAGCAAACUGCUGUACCAGGAGCGUGAACCGAUCGAUCCGGCGGUGCUGAUGCGUGGCCAGGAACUGCGGCGACAUAUCGAGCGGGCUCGGUUUCGCUGCCGGUUGUUGGCGCAGGAACGCGACCGGAUGGGCGUUGGAAUGCAACAGCUGCGCAACCGCUUAAAUGCGGCCUGUGAUAGUAACAUUGAGCGGGAAUCGGCACUGAUGGAGCGGUACCGAACGUACGGGCGCGAGAAGGAACAGCUGUAUCAGCAGAAGAUGGCGUACGCCAGCCAAAAGGACAGCGUGCGGGAAGUGUUCGGGAGGAUGUUACUGGUGCGGCAUCGUUUGUUGAAGGGGUUGAAUGAAAUUUAUUAUAUCAAAUCGACGAAUCAAGGUAUCUACACCAUUAAUGAUGUACCUUUGCCGAAUGCGGAAUCAUACACCGACUCAACACCGGCACUGGCCCUUAGCGUUGCCCUUGGUUUUGUCGCUCACGCUGUGAUGAUGUGUUCCUCAUUUUUAGAUAUUCCUCUACGAAACCCCAUAAAGUACGACGGUUCUCGCUCGAAAAUAGUGGACCACAUCAAGCUAUUACCAACGAUAGAUCGAGACUUCCCCUUGCACUGUCGGUCCGGUCCGGCACCGAACGCACUGCUGUACGGUGUAUACCUGCUAAACCAGAACAUUUCCCAGCUGAAGCAUUCGCUUUCGCUGAGCCGCGGUGAUCCACGGGCCACACUCGUCAACCUGCAAAACAUUCUCACCAUCCCGGGCAUCGGUGGCGGUGCACUGCAAAACCGCCAGCUGGAGGAACCGUUCCAGAUGUUACCCGCCUCCAUGUACGGAUCAUCUGCGGUCGAUUUGAAAAUGUCGCCCGGGUUCGUACCGGUACCGGCCGGUGGAAGCAGUAGCGGUAGCAGCAGCAGUGGGUCCUUCCUUCGGGAAAGUCCAUCGUGCAGUAGCAGAAUUUCCCGCUCGGUUGAAUACUACCCAGACCGGUUUCAGGACAGGCGACAGCAAAUGCAAAAACAGUAUCAGCACAAUCGGCACCAUCCGUUGCAGCAGACAGCGACCCGUUCUAGCAGCGGAGGAAUUACGGUUGAUCAGGAACACCAUCAUCCACCGAGGCGCGGAUGUGGCGAUAAUACGUUUGCUUCCGAUCCCAUCCUAGCUCAAAGCGUCCCAUUGCAGCGACCGUUCGAUUUUGAUGGUGGCAAAAAGUUCUGAUCGUAUUUCCUGCUGCUGUGGAAAGAAAAAAAAAAGAAUCAGGACAAACCGUACCGAUCGUACGUAGAUUGUUGGGAUAGGAAUCAAAAGUAUCAGAUAGUAAUGAAUUUCCCUCCCCCUAAAGAGUUAAUUUAAGCUGUAAACAGUGCGCGAAGGCGUAGGAAUAUUGUUAACUUUCCCACUUGUUUCGUUUCAUGUUUUUGUUGUAGUUUUUAAUUUAAUAUUUAUUGGAGUAUACAUUUGCUUCAGCUGAUAUUUUGGUAGGGGGGCACGCGUGUGCAGUGGAACAGCAAUAGUGGAACGGAAAGCAACAAAAACGGAAGCGUAAGAUGCGAUAGUGUAAAGUGAAACAAUUGUAAACAAUCGAACAGAAAAUAAACGAAUCAAGUUCA